AUGUCGACAUCUAUCUCGUACGCCAACGUUGCUGCUAAAGGUACUUCUGUUUCAACUGAAACUGAUUCAAAAUCUGUUAAAGUACCUUCAACUGAAUCUUCUCAAGAAAUUAUUGCUUCUCCUACUAGUUCUGAAUCUAUUCCAGUUAAUUCAUCUCCAAUUCCUACUUCAUCUUCAAUUUCAACUUCCACUUCAACUUCAAAUUUAGAUACUUCAAAUGAACCUGUUAGUACUGAAAAAUCAAAUACUACAACAAAUACUACUAAAAAAGAAAAGAAAGUAUUACAACCAGCUCCUGUGCCUUCUAAAUCUGUUUGGGGUAAUCCAUCUGGUCAUCAAUUAAAUGGUUCAACUACUGCUCCACCUGCUACUUCUGCUACAACUUCAACUGUAGAUGAACAAAAAUGGCCAACUCCUACUAAGAUAGUAGAAAGUCAAUCAUCUAAUAAAUCAAAUCAACAAAAAUUCAUUAAACCAAUCACUAAUAAAUGGGUACCUAUAAAUGCUAAAGUUGUAUUACCAAGUCCUAGAAAUUCUAAUAAUAAUACAGGUCAUAAUAAUAAUAAUAAUAAUAAUAACUCUAAGCAAAAUAGAAAUAGAAAGAAUAAGAAUACUUCCUCCUCAUCUUCCAAUACUAAUAAUACUACUGAAAAUAAUGGAAAUAAUAGUAGGUCAGGUUCUCAAGGUAAUCAAAGAAAAUCUAAUUCAAACAAUCAAUCAUCUAAUAAUGAAUCAAAGAAAGAUCAAUCAUCUAAUGUAGUUGAAUCUAAAGUUUCUCCUCAAGUUGAAACUAAUUCUCCUGUUACUUCUUCGAUUAGUACAUCAUCUCCAUCAAUAUCAGAAGAUUCUACUAAGAAAUCUACUGUACAAACUUCUAAUGCUGCUGCUACUGCUGAAGUUACUACUGAAUCAUCAUCUGAUAUUCCUCCUGUUUCUGUAGAUACUGAAUCCACCACUGAAUUUAUUCCAAAAAAUACUUCUAAUGCUGCUCCAGAAGAAAAUGGAAGUAAUGAAACUUCUACUCAUCCUUCAAAUCAAUUUAAUAAUCAACAACAGUAUAAUCCUCAAUACCAAAAGUAUAAUAAUAAUAAUAAUAAUAAUAAUGGAUCUGCUAAUCAUCAAAAGAAUUACAGACGUUAUAAUAACAAUAAUAACAAUGGUAUUGCCAACAAUGGUAAUAAUAAUUCCAAUAACAAUGGUAAUUUAAAUGUUAAUCAAUAUAAUAAAAGAUUUAACAAUUAUAAUAAUAAUCAAAUUCCACCUCAAGCUCAACAAAAUGGAUAUUACCAUCAACAACAAUUUGUUCCAAAUCAACCUCCAUUUCAACCUUAUAAUAAUAGACAGUUCAGACCUCAAAGAAAUUCAAAUGGAUAUAAUCGUCAUCAAGUUCAAAAUGGUGGAUAUCGUAAUGGAUCUGUUGGUUUACCACAAAUUCCUCAACCAAUUAUUGGUUAUCCACCUCAUCUUCUUGGUCAACCACCAAUUGCUGUUCAAAUCCCACCUCCAAUUUCACCAAAGCAAGAUCCUCAACAAGCUUUAAUUCAACAAAUUGAUUAUUAUUUCUCAUUAGAUAAUUUAAUUAGAGAUAUCUUUUUAAGAAAGAAUAUGGAUGAAGAAGGUUGGGUUCCAUUAGAAUUAAUUUUAAAUUUUAAGAGAGUUAAAAUUAUAAUUAAUGGUAUUCAAAAUUCAUUAGAAAAUGAAAUUGAAAGUAACAGUAUAAUAUUAGAUGCUGUUAAGAAAUGUAACAAUUUAGAAAUUAAAUACUUGACUGAACCAGCUCAAGCUGCUAAGGAUGUCAAGUUAAGAACUAAGGGAAACUAUGAACAAUGGUUAUUACCAGUUGAAAAUUAA